GCUACUGCGUCGUACCGACUCGGCGGCUUGUGUAUUUCUCUGACAAGUAGCGUUGGGAUUAGCAAAAUAUAGAGCAGAGAUGCAGGUAUCAUCUUGGUCAACAGUGAAGACGCACUUUGUCAGCCUAUACUGUCAUUGAUCCCCACCAUUUUAGCGUCUUUACGAUCAUGUCUUACAAAAGACAGUUAUCAUGUCGCUUGACAACUAAAGUUGUCUGAGUUAGCUAAGCUUAGCUAGCUAACACCGCGACAGCAUAAGACGCUGUUGGGAACGCCGUGUGCCCGCUGUGUGUCAGAUCAGUGUUGAUCUGCUCGAGAAAGGAGGGUUUACAGAUACCAUUUUCGGCUAGAAUUAGCUCUCUCGGACGUGUUUUAGUGUUAUGUGUACGGUGGAUUUGUUAGCAACCAGUCUUGGCACAGUCACGUUCAGUUUCAGUGACUUCGCCAACCUCCGACUAAAAUACCGUUUCGGCUCCGGUGCUCUGUUGUGUGUGCCCCCUCAGUGUUGGGGUGCUAGCACGCGUUAGAAUUUGCAUUUCCCUGUUUGGACUCUGAGGCUCAUGGUCACUACGGUUAACGCGAGACGACUGGAAGUGCUAGUCGGAGGACCCCGAGGUUGUGAUCCGACGUCACCCCGCACCGGCCGUGCGGGCUUCGGGUUUCGAAGGGGACCCCCUUCAGCUGUGGCUGAUCCGUGCUGUUAUGGCCUUGUCCUGUCCUCAGUAGUGCUAUAACGAGCCUUGGUCUAGCCCGGGGUCACAAGGCCAAAGCUUUGGUAAAGGUCCUGGAAGAACGACUCGUUUCUACCCCAGAGAGAGACCGUGACAUAGUUCACCUGACAGACAGAGCAGCAUGUCAGAGGACGCAGACAAGUUCAUCAAGGAAUCAUCCAUCCUGGAUGAAUACAACAUAAACUGGACCCAGAAGUUGGGAGCUGGAAUCAGUGGUCCCGUCAGAGUUUGUGUGAAGAAGUCAUCUCAGGAACGCCUGGCGCUGAAAAUCCUCAUUGAUCGGCCCAAAGCCAGAAAUGAGGUACGUCUCCAUAUGAUGUGUGCCAACCACCCAAACAUAGUGCAGAUCUUGGAUGUUUAUGCCAACAGUGUCCAGUUCCCUCAUGAAUCCAGCCCCAGAGCAAGGCUCCUGAUUGUCAUGGAAAUGAUGGAAGGGGGUGAGCUCUUCCACAGAAUCAGUCAACACAGGCACUUUACUGAGAAGAUGGCGAGUCAGGUCACCAAACAGAUUAGUCAAGCAUUAGCACACUGUCACUCCCUAAAUAUUGCACAUCGUGAUCUGAAGCCAGAAAACCUGCUCUUCAAGGAUAACUCUUUAGAUGCUCCUGUCAAGUUGUGUGACUUUGGCUUUGCCAAAAUUGAUCAAGGAGACUUGAUGACUCCUCAGUUUACCCCUUACUACGUAGCACCUCAGGUACUCGAGGCUCAAAGAAGACACCAGAAAGAAAAGUCUGGAAUUAUACCUACCUCGCCAACUCCCUAUACAUAUAACAAAAGCUGUGACUUGUGGUCUCUGGGUGUGAUUAUCUACAUAAUGCUGUGCGGCUAUCCACCGUUCUACUCCAAGCAUCACAGUCGAACCAUCCCAAAAGACAUGAGGAAGAAGAUAAUGACGGGCAGCUUUGACUUUCCUGAAGAUGAGUGGAGCCAGAUCUCUGAGAUGGCUAAGGAUAUUGUACGCAAGCUGCUGAAGGUGAAGCCAGAGGAGAGGCUCACUAUUGAGGAGGUCUUAGCUCAUCCGUGGCUCAACUGCACCGAAGCCUUGGACAAUGUGCUGCCGUCUGCUCAGAUGAUGAUGGACAAGGCCGUGGUUGCAGGAAUCCAGCAAGCCCACGCUGAGCAGCUGGCCAACAUGAGAAUCCAGGAUCUGAACGUCAGCCUAAAGCCGCUGAAUUCUGUCAACAAUCCAAUCCUCAGGAAGCGGAAACUGCUCGGACCCAAACCCAGCGACACCUUUUUCAUUCACGACCCAGAGAUCGAAGGCGAAGACUCCAACGUAGCGCUGGAAAAAUUACGAGACGUCAUCGCACAGUGCAUUCUACCACAAGCCGGAGAGAACAAGGAUGAAAAGCUGAAUGAGGUGAUGUUUGAAGCCUGGAGAUUCAACAGAGACUGCAAGCUGUUGAGAGACAGCCUGCAGGGGCUCAGCUGGAACGGACGGGCCUUUUCUGAUAAAGUUGAUCGUUUGAAGUUGGCAGAAAUCGUCAAGCUGGCCAUUGAAGAGAAGACAAACCUUCAAGAAUCUCACUAAAAAAAAAAGAAGCUGUCUUUCUACCCCCCUUCUCCUUUUAUAUUGUUUAUUAUCCUUUUUUUUUUAAACUCAUAUCUGUACAAAGGCUUUUUUUUAAUGUCAAAAUGAUGCGCUAUUCCUUUUUUUUCCUCUUUCAUAAACUCACUUGCAAGACAACGUCGAUCUAUCGCAAGAGCUAUUGUACAGCUGUAGAUACAUUUCAGAGAACUUGUUGGUACUUUGAUUUUUUUAAAAGGACAAUUGCAAAGAACAAUGAAAAUAGUAUAUAUUUUACUUUUUUCAAAGAAAAAAAACUGAAGAAAAAAAACCCUACGGAAAUCUGUGAAAGAAAUUAUUUUUGGGGAGGGAAUUUUUAUUAGCUGCUCAUAUUCAAUGUCAUUCAUUUGAUGGUAAUAUUUCAUGAUGUUAUUUUAUUUUAAUCAUCCUACUAGUUUUAUUUAUUGAAACAAAAUUCCAAUCUUUUAUACAUGUCAUGUAGUUGGUAGUGUGCUCUACAGUUUAGAGAAGCUGUCUAUAAUGUGACUGUUCUUCCGCACAUUUGGUCCUCAUAUCGGUUGUUUUUUCUUUGUUUUUGUUUUUUAACGAGAUGACGAGGAGGAGCAGACGCAUAAAAGUGUCAUCUUGUUUCAAUCACUUGUUUUAAUCUUCUGAAACAGCCCCACUAAAAAAAAAAACACGCAAAUCUUCUAUGAAAAGUUGUUUUUUUAAGUAUACAAAGGAAAAAAAAUUGUUGUAUUUUUACCAGGCUAGAAAGAUAAAAGCAUGCAAAUGUGUCUCCCUUUAUGGGAAAAAAAAGAUGCAUGCGUCUGUCGCAUCUGGUCAUUUUAAUGGGUUAAAGCUUGUAAAAGACCUAUACGAACAUAUCAAAGCCAAGUAUGAACUUUAUACGGCUUAUUUAGUGUCUAUGUUUGGCAAAAAAAGAAGGCUGACAAUCUCCUUUUCAGAGCUUCCAGUUGUCUCUGCCUUCUUUUGAGGGUGUUGCAGGAUGUGGUUAAAGAUCUAAAGAAAACUUGAUUCUCAAAGCAUAUGAGGUUCGUGCCUAGCAAAUAAAAAUCAACUGAAUUUUUUGUUAAUGUCUUUUUAAAUUCCUUCCACGAGUUUGAAACGCCUCAAAUUCAGUCCCGUCAAGCUUGCACCGUCGGAGCUGCUUUUUGCAUAAAGUUGCUGGAAUUCAGAUCAGAAAUGAUGUUUUCAUGUCAAAUACUUGAGUUCAGAGGAUAAAACAAAACAAAAAAUCAGAUGUUGGGUUUGUUCUCGUAAAAGAUCAGAAAAGGGUCUGGAUUUCCAUCUUGAAGACUUGCAGUCCGACUUGACGUGAACUUUUUGGAGAUGCGCUCAGAAUGAGUGCAGCCUAGCCUAUCUGCCAGUGUUACUGUUGAAGGACAUUCCCUGCUUCAUUUCAGUGGGCUUUUCCCCACUGAAAUCAGACCUUUCAUUUUAUUCAUAUCCGAGUUUGUUUCUGUAAAUGUUGACUUGACUGAAGGUUGAGUUUACUGAAUGGAUGACUUCAGGUUUACUCUUUUUCAUCUGCAGCUCUGAUGCUUUACAUGUCUUUCUUCCCUUUAUGAAACGCUGCAUCUCUCUUUUAUAACAGGAAAUGUUCCGCUUGCAUAUUGUGACCUUUUGCGAGGCGAAGUGCUGCAAACAUUGGCCAAACGUCUCCGCUGUCCAGUGAAAUCUCUCUGAUUGGGAUCGUUGAUAUCUUUACUUUCAACAGGCCUGCAGAAAAAGUCUUCCUUUGUGUGCUGAUCUUUCCAGUUUGGUGUAAAAGUGACAAAAGUUGAAGUACAAAUGUAGCUCGGAGAGAGCGUUUUCAGUCCUGAAAGCUCAAAGACGACCACAGCUUGUGUUUGAUGGACCUUUAUUUUGGUGAACUCUUGCACGCUAAUGUGCCUUGUGCAAAGGGCAGCGUUUAUUGUUCUUACUUACAGAAAUGGAUCACAGAGAGGUCAAUCAGAAGAGGGGAAAGAUGGACAGUGGUCCUUUUCUCAUUCCACAACUCGUCACAGAGUUGAAGUACGUUCACACUAAUGCCAUGUUUGAUGAGACAUCAUUUGCCCUUGUUCAACAGUUUUUUUCCCCCGUUUAUCUCAGCUGAAACACUAAGAAUAUGCAGUUUGCAGAUCUAACUGCAAUGUUUAAAGCCUAUUUCAAUUAAAAGCGAAUGUUAUUUCUGCCUGUGGUUAUGGCCAACAUCUACAGCAGCAGGGUAAACUGCCUGAACUCUUUAUAGAUCUGACAUUUUUAUUGUUUUUAAUCCACAAAAGGCUGUUUUUUUUCCUUCUACAAAAUAAGAGGUUAAUGAAUACUUGAAUACAAAUGUGUGGACAACCAUUUUGCAAACUUGUUAUAGCCAGAAGCUCAUUUAAAGCUUCUUUAUAUUUUUUAUUUACCCAUAAAAUUGAUCAAACUACAAAUUAAAGUACGAAAGUAUUGAGAAUAAGCAUGUUCUGCACUGUUCAUCAGCUGUUUUCUGCUCCACAUUUCUAAUACAAUUGCAUAUUUGAACAGAUUUAUCUUAAGGAGCUACUACAGAUUUUUUUUUAAUUAGUAGCAUCUUCUUGGAGGUUUUUAUUAGUAGCAAUCCUAAUUUCAGAUGUUAACCUGCCCCUUUUUUUUAGCAUCUCAUUGAAAUGAUAGAAACAGUAGCUUUUGAUUUCCUUUGGGAACUUGCACUCUGAGAAUGAACAAACUCCUGCUGUUGUAACUGCAAUGACAUGUCCAUUUCAAAUUGGGGGAAUGUUGACAAAUUCAUUUUCUGAGUGGCUGUAUUUUCCGUUUCCACAUGCAUUUGUGCCCCGUUUGCCUUCUCAGAAUGUCUUCAACAUGCUGACUUUGUAAUAAAAUACAAUAAAAUUUCAGCAUUGUAAAAACGUCU